AUGAAUUUCUCUGGGAACAACAUUAUCCAGGGAGCUCUCCCACAGUUCUCGGAGCUAACGUCUGGAACGAACACAAUCCCCACGUCGAAAUUCACCAGUGGCGAUAAUACCGUUCACAUAGAACACGCGUCUGUUUAUACCACUGCCGCUGGAUCGAAUCAGAUGAAACAAACUCUGUUGAUGAAUUCAGCAAACAAAUACACAGGACCAAUAAUCGCCUGGCCAGAUCCGAAUACAUUGAUGCAACUCUGCGAAAAGCAGGGCAUUCAAGCCAUUAACAUUCCUAAUUAUAAUCAAAAUAAUUCUAUCCUUACUGUUCAAGCGAACAGUUUGCCAAUGAGGAUCAUACCCAACAUGUACUUGCCUUCAACUUCGCAGCCAGAGAACGUUAAACACGAGUUAGAAGUAAGGACAGAGGGUGAAAUGAAAACGUCUACUAUGCAAGAUUCGCAAGCUCAACUCCAACAGCAAAGUGCCAUGGCAGAGUACUUUCAAAAGUUGCAGGCUACUACGCUUCCAUUGACGUUGCAACAGCUAAUUAAAUUCCAAACAGAACAAACUAAGAAAGAUAAGACCGAGGAGGAGAAGGUGGAACAUACACAGAACAAUAUUCUCAACAUUCCCAGUGUUCCGGUGUUCAGAAAUACUCAGUUACAAAAUGGAAAUACUUUCAUGAAUUCCGAUCAAAUGAUGACGACCAUCAAUCCAAACGACCUAAACGUACACAUAGAGAACCAGCAGGAAAAUGAUAACACGACGGUGCAGAGUAUAAAAGUCGAACAACAGCUGCAGACAGAUUCGCCUAAAACUGAGAAAAAAAUGAAAUUCAGGGCUAAAACUGGAGAGAUCAAAAUCAGCGUUGCCUUGGAUGGUUCGACACUUUAUUGCUGUCCCGAGUGUAACCUAGCAUUUCCAGAUAAGACAGAGAUCGAACAGCAUAUACAGGCUCAUAUACAAGAACGGAAGUAUCAGUGCAAGGAAUGUGGCGCGAUGCUAAAAAGAAAGGAGCACCUGGAUCAACAUAUGCGUGGUCACUCGGACGAAAGGCCGUUCAAGUGUCCCGUGUGCCAAAAAGCGUUCAAGAGAAACGAACACCUAACGAGGCAUUACGUGAUUCAUUCUGGCGAUAAGAAUUUCACGUGUUCAGUAUGUCAGAAGGCCUUCUCUAGGAAGGAUCACUUGAACAAACACACUCAAACUCAUUUAGGGAUCAGACGCAACCGAAUUAAGAAAGAAUCGUUUUUCAUGGAACAGAAAGAUUCUUUCGAAAAGACUAGCGAAGUUUCCGCAUUGCCUAAACAAGAAGUGAACUUUGUACUGAAGGAUGGUUUCGUGAAGCAAGAACCGAAUUUCCUUCAGUACAUUCAAAAUCUGCAGAAAGAUCAAAAUUUGAUUCACACGUUUUCCUCGUUCAAAGAACAGGCUAUGAAAGAAGCGAAUAUUUUGCAACAGCAAGCUGUCAAUAUGAACGAAAUAUUGCCUCAAAAUACAAGGUACUUAAUGCCGUCUUAGUCAUAAAUCAAUUUCGCGCGAGUCCAAAGCAAUAAAGGCUGUUUACGAAGUGCGUCGAGGUUAGCACAAAUAGAAAAUUCGUUAGACACGUUAGGAAUUGGAGCAUACCUUAGAACUCGAAUUUGAAUCUUUAAAACGAAAACAAUUGGGAGAGCACUACGAGAGUAAGGUGCAAUUUAAUGAAUUCUCUCGAAUUCUGACAAAAAUGAUCGGUGACUUGGUCAUCAGUGAUUUUGUUCCGACAGACUAUGAAUCUUAGCCUGUUUUUUGUUCUGUGAAGAAACAAAAUUGUACAUUCGAAUCCGAUUAGCAUUUAGUUUGCCACGAGGAGUACCUUACGCUGAAGUAAGAACUAAGAACUAUAAUUAACUUUCAUUCAGAGAUGGAGACGAUUUUAUUCGAAUAAUACGUAACGAAGGGAGUUGGUUGUUAUUUGACCAAAAUUUUGCCCAUCUCAGAUUUCAUUACUUGCAUGAGAUUGAUACUUAAUUCCUCGAGAUCGUUUGCUGCAUUGGCAGCUUGAACAAGUCUAAUACCGAUUUGGUACUUGAAAUAAGAGGAAACAAGUUAUCUGUGUACGUGCGCGCCGUCUGUUUUAUUUAAACUAGCUUUAAAGCAAAUAGUUUGUUUACUGAUUCUAGUCCAUGAUCACAACAAUUAAGAUUAAAUACCUCGCACGCGAACAGUGAAUUCACGUUUUGCGUGGGUUUUUGAUCUAGCAUGGAAUACAAUUUGGAUCGUGAUGUACGAUCGAUACUGCUGAAUGAUACAUAUAAAGCCAAUCUGCCAUUAGGAUAAUGACUUCUUGGAACGAGUACCAAUAGCAAUUAAUAGAAUACUGCCGAUAAAUGUUAUACAAUUUGUAGAAUAAUUAUGUACAUAAAUACGAUACAAAUUUUACCUGAAGGAGACUCAAUAGGUACGUUGUUUAAACUUGAUCUCUGAUUCGUCCGUGUUCAUCUUUAACAAGUGCUUAGCGCGUAUUUUUAAGUAAUAAUUCAUCUUCACUCGUUCAUACUUUAGCGUAUAUUUUUUUUUUUUUUAACUUUUUCAUGCACGAAGUAUUUUGAAAAGGUAUUCUUUAUAAAUAUAGUUUUCGAUAUCUUUAUUCUAACUCUUUUUUUAUGAUUAACAUUGCCUAUUGUAAGGAAUCAUGGUACGAUUUUUUUUAUAUUUCGCUUGCAUUGGUACAUCUAAUGCAAAAGUAUCGUUCGACGCUGUAUAAUAUUUCAGUACUCAUUUGUCUUGAUAUGAUGAAAUGAGUCUUUUUAUAAUCAGUAUUAUAUAAUUUUCAGUGUUCCCAU